UUCUAAGAUGCACAGAUACUGUCUGAUGAAUCAAUUAACGGUGUUGAUUAGUUUAGUUCUUUCUAUCUCAAUCGUCCUCGUCGAUGCGCAAUCUCCCGAUCCAAGUGAUGAUCCCGUCUCGAAUUUCCGACCGAGCCUUGCGGUUGUCAUAGGUAUUCUUUGUGUCAUGUUUGCCUUAACAUUUUUCUUACUAAUCUAUGCCAAGUUAUGUCAUAGAGGAAGACCGGUUCAUCACGGUGACGAUCAUCACUUCGGGUUGCUCCAUCGGACAAGGUCUCAAUUUUCCGGGAUCGACAGGAAAGUCAUCGAAUCACUCCCGUUUUUUCGUUUCUCGUCGCUUAAAGGAUCGAAGCAGGGGCUCGAAUGCGCAGUUUGUUUAUCGAAAUUCGAUGAUAUCGAAAUCAUGAGGUUAUUACCUAAAUGCAAACAUGGAUUCCAUGUUGAUUGUAUUGAUCAAUGGCUUGAAAAACAUUCAAGUUGUCCACUUUGUAGACAAAAAGUCAACGCUGAGGAUUUGACCAUGCUUGUAUACACAAAUAGUAUGAGGUUCUCACGGAAUCAAUCCGAGUUAACUGAAGACUCGAACAUAGAACUUUACAUAGAAAGAGAGCAAGAUCCGAGACCCGAACCCGAAAUCUUUCAUAAGUUAAAUCACAAAAUCUUUGUAUCCGAUGUGGUAAUGAAGAACCGAUGGAGUAGUGUAAGUUCAUCGGACCUUAUGUCCUUAAACGCCGAAAUGCUCAAUGAUAUGUCCAGCAACAGGUUCUCAAUACCAGGAACUGACGAUGAUAACCGUCGGUCCACGAAACCGAUCGGAAACGACGGGAUCAUGAAGAUCAAAGAAGAGAUAGAGAUAAAGAGAUUGUUUGAGAACAAAGUGAGUUCAUUAAACAAAAGCAAUGAUUAUGAAGCAAGUACCAGCCGCCAUACAAUUAAUCAAGGUGACAAAAGAUCGAUGUCGGAAAUCACUGCUUUGUCGAGGAACAGAACAGGCGGCGGCGGUUACUUGUCGGAAAAUUACACAAAGGAAGAGAGAAUAAGGCGGCUGUGGUUGCCGAUUGCAAGAAGAACAGUUCAAUGGUUUGUUAAUAAAGAAAAAAGGAGGUAUCAACAACAAUCUAAGGAUGCAAUAAUACAGCAUUUAAAUGUUUGAAAAUUUUUCAUGUAAGUAAAUUUGUGCAUAAGUUUUAAUAUAGGCAGAGUUAGAAAUUUAUUUUCUUUUUUGGAUUUUAUUAUUUAAUUUAAAAUAUUUUGGAUUCUUAAUUA